AAUUAAUCGAAUUAUUAAAAUGAGUCUUAAGAGAAGAGAAAUGCUGCUCAACAAUAACAGCCCAGGACCCAAGAAAAGAGGUAGAAAGAAGGGCUCAACAAAUAGGCCUAAGCAACAGGACGAUUUUGCCAUUGUCAGCCAACAAAUGGUGUCAGGGUUUGACCUCAUGCCGACUCAGAGUCGAGUUAAUAUUAUGGAUAAGGACAAAAAGCAUGAGAUUUAUAACCAAGUGAAUAACGAGGAAAAAGAUAGAUAUGAAAAAUGUGAUAAAUGCAAGAUCUCUGAAAAGCACAUCAAACAGAUCGUGAACAGAGUCAUCGGGGUCGAUAUCCAUAUUAACAAGAAUAUGCUCAAGGUUAUUGGAGGUAUAGCCAAAGUUUGGGUAGCUCAGAUAGUCGAAGAAGCCAAGGACAUUCAAGUGAAGGAAGAUUACAGAAACAGAGAGCUGAUAGGUCUUAAUAAAAUGUUUAAGUCCAAAAGACAGAAAAUCAGUGAAAAUGAUGAAAGUGAUAUAGAGCUGAAUGAUAAAAGUAAUGAUAAGAAUAAUGAAAAGCCAAGCCCUGUAAAGGAAAUUAAGCCUGAAAAGGAAGAAAAACCUAAAAACACUGAAGAGAAGAAGGAGGGAAAGCAAAAAGAUGGCAAGAACAAGGAUGACAAAAUCCCUGAGCUGAAAGACACUACUAGAGAAGGAGAGAAUUUUGAAGAUGUCUUAAAGGAAACAUUAUACUUUGAAGAGCCCUUACAGCCCAGACACCUCAAAGAAGCCAGAGAAAGGUAUGAGCAAAAGAGGAAAGAUUUUAAUAUGAGGAUUCUAUAA